UUUCAUUCAAUUCUAAAAAGAAAAACUAAUGAAUCCUUUCUUCCAUCCCUGCACAUCUUUCCGUUCCCAAAUUUAUGUAUUGAUCUGUCUCUUCAAUAUUUUUCUCCUACUUAAUACUCAAGCACCAAAUACUGAUCAUUUUUCCAGCGAUGAAAUUGGCUUAACUGGUCUUAAUGUUUGUGUGAGGCCUCAUAAAGAACAUGUACCAUAUGAAACCACGGAAUUAGUGUUUGAAAAACCUAAAUGCGAUUUUUGGGAUAAAAUAUUUUCUGUGGCUACCGGAAGAUGCAAACCGAAAUCAAGGACAAUAACCGUCACAAAAACCCACACCGUCGAAAUUAUGCUAAGGCACUGCUGCAAUGGAUAUUACAAAUUCAUUAAUCAAUGCUUACCUAUGUGUCCAGAUCAAUGUAUACACGGCAUAUGCACGGCUCCCGGCGUGUGUCAGUGCAAUGCGGGAUAUUCUGGCAAACGUUGUUUGUAUGCAUGUAAAGGACUCACCUGGGGUCCUUCCUGCGCCAACCAAUGUGAAUGUCAAAACGCCGAUUCUUGCGAUCCAGAAAAUGGCGAUUGCAAUUGCCUAUCAGGAUGGAGCGGUAACAAUUGUUCGACUCCUUGCCCUACGGGUUACACUGGUCAUUCUUGCGCGACUAAAUGUAUGCCCGGAUUUUUCGGCGCCGCCUGCUUAUCGCAUUGCUCCUGCGCGUCAACCGAAUUCUCUGUUGCUGACCGGGCAAUCGCGAUGGCCAACCGGAGUGGGAUAGACAACGUUUGCGAUCACGUGACAGGUGAGUGUGCAUGCCCCGUUGGUAGGAGAGGGAAGUAUUGCGAGAUUGAAUGCGAAUUCGGCACCUACGGCAAAAAUUGUCAGCGACAGUGUAAGUGUCACGAUCUUUUAACCGUCAUAUCUUCCAAUAUCGAUAGGAAAAGCGGGAAGAAGGAGGUUCUAUUAAGCGGAGGUCUUACUAGAUGCGAUCCGACUAAUGGGACCUGCAUAUGUUCUCACGGCUUUUCUGGAAAACUCUGCGAUCUCAGGAGCUGCCCUCCAUUUAGAUACACAGGCCAGGUGAACAAUUCUAUUAUAGAGGAGAGUGACGAUAUAGAUGAAAAUAUGAUUGAAGAAAUGGAAGUGAAAAAUGCCCGUGAAAAGUCACCACCUGCCCAUGUAGAACCUGCAUCAUGCACCCAUUCCUGCGCUUCAAUUUGCUCUUCCGAUUGUCAUCCCAUAAGUGGGCACUGUUUUUGUCCUCCCGGGUUUACCAAUUCCCCCUUUUGCGAUACUCGGUGUUCUCUACUUCGCAUGCUUGACAACACUGAAGAAUUUAGCCAACGCGGGCGAAGGGAACAUGGUGACGAUUUGGAAGAGGAAAUCCCUUUCUUAAAACGAUCUUCGGGAGGAAAAGGGUGCACGCGCAGAUGUAAGUGUGGGCCAAUCAAGGACGAGUUAACCCAAAUCACCGAAAAAAUAUCGGGCGGCUUUAUAGAAGCCGUUCUUUUUGAAUGUGAUCAAGAGACCCAACAAUGUUCCUGUCCACCAGGCUUUAUGGGCAAAAACUGCAGCCAGUUAUGCUCUGCCGGCACUUAUGGUCCUGCAUGUAAACUUUCGUGCUCAUGCAUUCAUUCGCAAAAUAAGUGCAAUCCUGUGACCGGAGAAUGCAUCGGGAAUUGUUUACCUGGUUAUCAUGGAGUCAAUUGCAAUACACCUUGCCAGAACGGCUUUUGGGGUUCUGAUUGCACUCAAAAAUGUUCAUGCAAAAAUGAAAGAGCAUCUUGUGAUCAAUCAACCGGUAAAUGCGUUUGCCCGCCUGGCUUUACAGGUUCUCAAUGCCUCACGCAAUGCCCGCCUUUCACCUUCGGCUUCAUGUGUUCUCAAAAAUGCGAUGAGUCAUUUCUCAAACAAAAUUGUCCUUCCUUCUAUUCGUAUUCCAACACCCAUUGCCACCCUGUACAUGGAGGUUGUGUGUGUGAUACCGAAAGGUAUUUUCUGGGAAAUUUUACCGACGGUGAUAACGUUAUUUGCGAUAACAAAAAAAUCGGGAAUUUUGUUGGGAAAAGUUCUUCUACCAUGGCCAAUAUUGGAGGUAAAUCAAAAUGGUUAUUAAUACUACCUAUAAUACUGAUGAUAACAAUCUUGACACUCGUCAUAGCCUUUUUCGUGAGAAGGGGAUGUCUUAAACGAACGCUCAAAGGGAAUAUUGGACAUGUAUUGAAUGGAAAGCCUUAUUACGAUACUUAUAGACUACGUACUACCCAUAAUUUUAAUACUCCAGAUGACUCUUAUUAUGAGAUGGAAGGAAGGCUCAAUGGAUUACCGCAAUCUCCCUUAGGUCUUUCCCCUCAAACCGAAACAGAUUUUUCUCGAAUUAGUAAUAAUGAUGUCAGAUCCCGUCUUAGCAACGAUUUUGAAAAUCCUAUAUACGGACGUGAGAAUUCUAUCCUAAGUACAGAUAAACGAUUCAACAACUCAAAUGAUCAAGCAACUCCAAAUAACCAUAAAUUUAGCAAUAAAACAGCUAUAAAUUCCUUUAAAAAUAAUCUUAAUUCAUCGGCUCAACAGAAUUCCUCCAUAGCCAAAAUGAGUAACAUUGAAACGGCUAACAAAUUAAAACAACAAUUAAAUGUUUCUCAAUUGCCAAAUGAUGAAACCGAAAAAUCGGCUUUACAAAAGGGCCAAGGUUUUUUAACCUUGGAAAAUAAAGCUGAAAAUGCACUCAAAGGAGCGAAUAUUGACGAUUCCCAUACAGGAAUGGAAGAUAGGCCGGCUUCUUCAUACAAUACUCCUAGAGCUUUGGAAAAUGCAUUUCUCAAUGAUGAUCCGUAUUAUUUGGCAUUCGCCUCUCCUAAAAAUAAAGACUUAGACGGUAAAAAAAGAUGAUGGACUAGCUUGAUUUAUGUCACGAGGCAAAUUACAAUAAACAUUUUUAGAAAUUUUAAAUAGAAAAUUUUAUUAGCUUUUAAAUCACAUUUUUACCCGGUUUGUUAUAGUUUUAUAGUUUUUGGUACGAAUCAAGUGUUAAAUUUUUUAUUGUACAUUAUAAAUUUUAUAAUUCAAUUUUUACUAUAAAAUUCAAGAAGUUAAUUUUUGAUAAAAAAUUUCCUCCCCAUAUUAUUUUUUUAUUAUGACUCCUAAAAUUAUUUUUAUUUAAAGCGAUAAAAUGUAAUAUCAUUUUAAUUCAUAUCCUGCCUUAAAAAAUACUUCAAAACUUAUAAAUUUCAUGAGCAAAUAUUUAUGAAAAUUGAAUGACAUUUUUUUAAAUAUCCUAAUAUAUAUUUUAUAUAUUGAUUAUGUUGAGAAGAAUUUUUAAAAUAUUUUUAACUUUAUUAAAAUAUUGUAAAAAUCGAAAGAUAUUAUUUUUUUUAAUCUUAUAAUUUUAUGAUGUAUUCAAAAAAAUCACGGAUAAUUUUUAAGAAUAUUUUUUUCUACAACUUUUAAUUUUAUAUUAAAAUAAAAUUUAAUUUGACAAAUUAUACAUCAAAUGACAUUUUAUUAUUUUUUAAAUCUAAAUUAUUUAUAA